AUGAGCAACAUUCUUAUCGUUGGCGCGACUCGCGGGCUAGGAGCCUCCCUCAGGAACCUGUACGCUUCCAAGGAAACCACAAAACAGGUCUUCGCAACCACACGAUCAAGCACCGAAUCCAGUGCUCAAACCCGUGUCUCCUGGAUCCCUAACAUCGAUGUUUCCCAGCCCGAUGUUGGCGAGAAACUUGUCACGCAAUUACCCCACUCGUCGAAAAUCGACACUGCCAUCGUCUCCGCAGGGUACUUCGGCUUCGAGACUUUUGAUGCCCCUGACUGGGAGAAACAAGUGAAAAUGUACACCACAUCUGCUAUCGGGCCCGUUUUCGUGGUCCAGCAGCUCGUUAAGGCAGGCUUCUUAGACAAAGGCAGCAAGGUGAUCCUGGUCAGCAGCGAGUGUGGAAGCAUCACGCUACGUCAUGAGAAAGAAGGUGGUGGGAACUACGGCCACCAUGCCAGCAAGGCUGCUCUCAAUAUGGUGGGGAAGCUGCUGAGUCUGGAUCUGAAGGAGAAGCGCAUCGCGGUUGGUCUGGUGCAUCCGGGCUUCAUGCGCACGGAGAUGACGAGAAGUGUGGGAUUUGAUAAAUAUUGGGAUGAUGGUGGAGCUGUUACCCCCGAUGAGGCAGCAGAGUCACUUGCUUCAUUUAUUGAGGAUUUUGAUCUCAGUAUGACAGGCGAAUACUGGGCACCGCGUGGCCCUAGGGAUAUUGGAACUGCUGAACCGGUAUUAGGGGAGGAUUUGCCCACACCAUUGCCUCUACCGUGGUAG